CUUUGCUGCACAGUACAAUAGUGAGUGAGGGCGUCUCAAAGAAGAAAUUCGGUUAGUCUCGUCCCACUGGUUCUGCAGUUCUCAAAUUCAUAUUUAUUUUCUGCCGAAGAAAAACAUGUCGGAUGAAUCAGAUGAAGAUAGUGCUCCAGUAAGGCAGGUGAAUACGGUACAGUUACCACCCCCUCAGCCAAUUGUUAUUGACCCUGAUGCAACGGAUGUUGACUUAAAUCAUCGAAGAAUUGACAAGAUUCAACAUCUUGAAGUACUCCAUCAAGUUUCUAGUCUUUGUUUGCGUCAGAAUGAAAUAGAACAGAUAGAAGGAUUGGAACAACUAGUGACCUUAGAGGAUCUUGACCUUUAUGACAACAAACUCAAAAAGAUUGAGGGAUUACAAACACUAACAAAUCUACUGUCACUGGAUCUUUCCUUUAAUGACAUCCGUGAGGUGGAGAACCUGGAAAUGCUGGUGAAUGUCAAGAAGCUGUUCCUGAUCCAGAACAAGAUCUCCAGAAUACAGAACCUCUCCACAUUGACGCAGAUCACCAUGUUAGAACUGGGUAGCAAUAGAAUCAGGAAACUGGAAAAUUUGGACUCAUUGGUCAAUCUAGAGAGUUUAUUCAUUGGCAAGAAUAAAAUUAGUAAACUUGAAAACUUGGGUGCCCUAAAGAAACUGAGAGUAUUAAGCAUACAGAGUAAUCGGAUAGUUACGAUUGAGAAUCUAGAGGAGUUGGAGUCCUUAGAAGAAUUAUACAUGAGUCACAAUGGAAUUGAAAUGAUUCAAGGCUUGGAGAGAAAUGUUAAUCUGACAACGCUAGACUUGGCAUGCAAUAGAAUAAAGCGAAUUGAAAAUGUCAGCCAUCUAGUAAAAUUAGAGGAAUUCUGGUUUAAUGGAAACCAGUUAGAGAAUUUUGCUGAUCUGGAUCAGUUACGUAAUGCCAAAACUUUACAGACCGUAUACUUGGAGCAAAAUCCGAUCCAAAAGGAUCCUGCAUACCGACGCAAAGUCAAGCUCGCCCUGCCAUCUCUUGCACAGAUUGAUGCCACUUACUGUCGAUGAGGUCGACGUGAGAUGGGAUCCCUAAGACAACAGAAGAUCAACUUAAUUACAAAUAACAAUAAAUAACAAUAUAAAACAAUUUCCAGUGGCUAGUUGUUACUUUCAUUCCUUCGCUGAAAGAAGUAACUUCAUUGACAUGGCCAGUUAAGUUGCGCUGCCGUCUCUUGUACAGGACGAUGCUAACUACUGUUGAUGAGAUUGAUGUCAGAUGUCAGGUGGGAUCUUUAACACUACAAGAAGAUCAACUAAAUUACAAGUAACAACAUAAAACAAUUUCCUGUGUCUAAUUUUACUUUCAUUUCUUCAAUGAAAGAAGUAACUGCCUUGACAUGGUCAGUUUAAUUGUGCUGCCAUCUCUUACACAGACCAAUGCCAACUACUCUUGAUGAGAUCAAACAAUCAGAUGUCAAGUGGGAUCCUUCAGUUUGUAGAAGAUCAACUUUAUUGCAAGUAACAGAGUCAUUUAAUAACUGAAAGAAAUACUUAGCAAACUAAAAGAUUAUAGUGGUUGCGAUUGUUGUAGUUAGGUAUGUCAAUAAAAGAGUGUAUUUAAUACAUUGUUGCAGCAAUAUUGCAGUGUUUUUUAGUUGUGAAAUUACAUUUAUAAAUACAUAUUUUUGGUUCUGUCAAAAAGAAGGUUGAAAAAUGUUUUUGUAUAGCUAACAUAAACAUUAUUAUAAUGCAAAUUGUUAGAUGUGUAAACUUUAUUGACAUGGUCAGUUUCACUUUGAAUUCUGAGCUGUGUAGUAAGUUAGGUGCUAGUGAAGCGUUUUCAAGUACUUGGUAAACAUUAAUUCAUUAUCUUAUAGUCUGGAUGCUUUAUUUUUUCCAGGUGUCAAUAGAGGUAAAAUAUGGUAUUAUCAAGACCACCUAUUUUGCAUUAUAUUCUCUGAAAAUUAUACUUGCUGGAAAACAUUUAUCCUCGUUUGCUAGCAUUUUUUAGUGUAAAAUGCAUGCAUGCAGUGGAAAGUACCGCAUGGAAAUCAUUCAAAGUACUGUGUGUGAAAUAACCUAGACAAGACUUUCUUUAUACCUUGUUUCGCGAACUUAUAUUUUUAAAGAUUGUCAUUGGAGGGCGGAAACAAAAUAAAAAUAAAAUUUUGUUUUCUUAUUUGGCAAGCAGUUUUGCCAAAAACAUCGAGAAGGAGAAAAAAAGUAAUAAAAUGUUAUUGUUGGAUGUAAACAGUGUAGUAAUAAAUGGUUAAAUCAUGGACCUUUUUUAAUAGGUCCAUGGUUAAAUGCUUUAAAUUUUUAAAAUUAGGAAAAUCCAGACAUUUUAUUUUUGAAGAUUUCAUGGCAGUGGUGGGCGUAAUAAAAAUAAAGAAAAAACUCCUUUUUUUCUGAAAUUUUCAGUUUUUUUCAUGGCAACAGAUUCGGUAAUUGGCCAAAAAAUUGUAUUUAUAAUCAUCAAUAUUUGUGGGCGCGGGUGCACAAAACAAGGUAUAUAAAAAUCUCGCCUUAUUGACUGACUUAUUGAUUGAUUGAUUGAUUGAUUGAUUGAUUGAAUAUUUUGAUUAUUAUUCAGAUAGAUGAUUGUAGUGGUAAAUUGUGUCAUAAAAGUUAAAAUAUCUAUCUUUUUAUACUCAAUUGAAAAUAUUAUACUUGUUAAAUACAAUGACAAGGUAUGCUGAAAUAAUUAUUGAAAUAUUAGAUAUAAAUUACCAAUAGUAUUACUGUAAUUUCUGGUGGUGAAGACCAAAAAAUAUUGACUUCUAAGGUAACCAAAUGUGGAUAUAGUUAAACUGGCAUAAGUCGACUUUUCCUAACUUAAAUUUCUAAGUCGAUCUUAUUUUACAUGUCAGAUUGUUGUAUUUUCCAAUAAUUAAUGAUCUGUAAAAGUCAAAACAAUUGUCAAUGCCAUUUUGAAUUCGACUUCAGCAAUGUAAAACGAAGUAUAGGACAUGCCAUUUCUUUGUGAAACAGCUAGAAAAAUUGUGCUGUUUUCCAGGUAGCAGGCAGCUUUAUGAAAGUAUGGUAGAAGCAAAGAGGUCGAUUUGAUGAUUUGAAUGUUGUGUAUUGUAUUAUUGAAUUUUACUUAACAAAUACAUAACCAAAAAUUCUAUUCACUCCCAAGAACUUUGUGGUAUAUUUUAAGAUACCAUAUUUAUGUCAAUAAACACUCCAGUCAUGUCUUCAUUUUUUAAGGGAGUGUAUUUAAUGGAAACAGUUGGCCACCACACAAAAUGUUGAUUCUGCUAAAGUAAACAUUGAUGAUAGAAUGGUGUUUAUUGCAAUAGUUUUGUUUAGUCAUGUGAGGUGAUUUGAAUUCUGAUGAAAAUUAGAAAAACCCUCUUUAUUCCGAAUGAUGUUUGGGUAAGAGCGAUUUUAUUAAAAGUGCGGCAUUCAGUUGAAUAGGUACAGUAUACAGAUUUACCAGACAAGAACGCUAUCUACAUUCAAUGAACAGUUAAAAUCACAGAAUGAUUGUUGUGUUAGAUCUUGACAUUUAAUAGUAAUAAAAUAUGUUUUAUAUUGUCAAGAAUAAUGGCCUGCUAGUCGAAGUUUGUAUUAUUGACGCUUUGAAUAUUAACAUUUUUAAUUGAUUGAUUUCCGUUCAGGCAUGGCGCCAGCGGGUGGGGGGACCACAACCCCCCCCGGGGAGAAAAAGCACAAUUCGAUGGCCUCGCCCCCUGGACCACUUUCGAAACAUUUUAAUUGAAGCUCGACCGCGCCCAUAUUGCUUUCGUCGGGGAAAUCUGACUCCUCGUCCACCAACAUUGGGACUGAGGCAAAUAUUGCACCUCUAGAUUGCCGGAAUUGUUGCUAUCAGAGUUUGGUAUUUUUUUUUUUCUCCAUUUCUUAUAUUUUUGAGUGGACCCCUUUGAAUCCACCUAUGGAAUACCUUUUCCAUGAAAGGGUUAUUCAAGAAGAGCAAUUCAAUUGGAACCUGGUGAUAGCCAGAUUUGAACCGGGGUCUUCAGCGCAAGAGCAGGAACACUACCUCUUGGCCAGACGCUCACUUCUACAACUGCAGACAGUGCAUGGAUCUGUAUUGGUUUCAUUUCAUUUAUUCGUCACUUGAUAAAAAAUACAAUAUUCAAAAAACAAAACACAAAGUAAGACAAUUAAAAAUCAAAAUAAAUCACUUUGAACGUGGUUAUUUAACCCCAUUCAACAAAAUAAAAUACAAAUAAUGUUUACAUAUAAAAUAUUACCAUUAAAUUUGUAUAUGCAAUUAAACUUAAGAUAUUCAGUUAUAAAAUUUAGAUUAUGGAUAAUUAUGAUACUGUAUUGAUAAAAAGGGUCAAGACAUGUAGGCCUAUUGAUGGAUACAGACAGAUACAUAAGAUAGUGUCAAAGUUCAAUCUGUGCUCAGUGAAGCACACUAGUAAUUCAAUAAUACAGCCAUUUAAAUAUUUAAUUCCACAUAAAAUAUUUCAAUUCAAACUUAUGGCUUUUUCACUGUAUACAGACACGAGCUGGCUCUAUUUUAUCAAGGCAUACAUUAAUAAUAAAAUAUUCAUUUUGUUUGUUUGAAAUUAAAUAUUUUUUAACAUUUAUAUUAUAUAAAGAAGUAUAUAUAUAAAUUAUAUAGGGCCUAGUCCACAAGAAUAAGUGAGGACACACGGAAACAUGUUUUUAGCAACUAUAUUCCAAGAAUUGUUUCUUUUGAAAAUAAUAUUGGAGGAAGCAAUGGUGAAACACUCAAAAAGGAAAAAGAAAAAAAAAAAAA